GCGAGCGUGUGGGGCCUGGGACGUGGAGGGGCGGGGCCCCUUCGAAGCGGGGGCCCUGCCACCAACUAGACUGUCCCCGGCGCUGGGCGCCUACUUUGAGAGAGAUGGAGACAGGCGGCGUGGCGGACACCCUUCUUUCUGGAGCUUGCGUGGUCUUCACCCUCGGCAUGUUCUCCACCGGCCUCUCUGACCUCAGGCACAUGUGGAUGACCCGCCGAGUGGACAGUGUCCAGUUCCUGCCCUUUCUCACCACGGAUGUCAACAACCUGAGCUGGCUGAGUUAUGGGACCUUGAAGAGAGAUGGGACCCUAAUUGUUGUCAACGCUGUGGGUGCUGUGCUUCAGACCUCAUAUAUCUUGGUGUAUCUGCACUACUGCCCUCGGAAGCGUGCUGUGCUCCUACAGACAGCAGCCCUGCUGGGGGUCCUCCUCCUGGGUUUUGGCUACUUUUGGCUCCUGGUGCCCAGCAUUGAGGCCAGGCUUCAGCAGCUGGGCCUCUUCUGCAGUGUCUUCACCAUCAGUAUGUACCUGUCACCACUGACUGAUUUGGCCAAAGUUAUUCAGACUAAGUCAAUCCAACGUCUCUCCUUCUCACUGACCAUUGCCACCCUCCUCACCUCUGCCUCCUGGAUCUUCUAUGGGUUUCGACUCAGAGACCCCUACAUCAUGGUGCCCAACCUUCCAGGAAUCCUCACCAGCUUCAUUCGCCUCUGGCUUUUCUGGAAGUACCCUCAGGAGCAAGACAGGAACUAUCAGCUCCUACAAACCUGAGGCAGUUCACCUGACCACAGGGCACUCUAAUGCCAACUUGUUACCAAAGAGGUUCAAACCAACCUGUUUCAGCUCUUCUGUCUUACCAGCUCCACAGGUGCCAUGGGUUACGGGAAAGAUAAAGAGACAACUUUGAGAAUCUGGGGAUCAAAGAAAGAGCUUUACUUAGAAGAUUGGGUGAGGCCUGGGAGAUGAUGCACUUAUUUUUUAGAGAUUAUAUUUUUUAAUUUUGGAGGCUGGAAGUGAAAUCUUUAGAAUGUGCCUUAAAAUAAACUGUUCCCUACCAUGCCCAUUAAGGUUCAUUCUCUAUUCAGUGAUUCUCAACCUGCCUGGUUUGGUGAAGGACAAAGGUGCACUGCGUGAUCAGUUAUCCUUGGGCUGAUACGGUUGGCUCGGGAAAGGUAUCAAAAAGAACAAGGGCAACCUAGGAGAGACCUAGGAAGGCCUUAACAAGGACAGAGCUUGGAUGUUAUGAAGAAGAAUGUAAGUUAGGCUUCAAGAUGUACUUCCUGACGGGGUUAAAAGGACCAGAAAAGUGAAACAUUUCCAUCCUUCGAUUUUGAGAAGGGGGUCUUUGCCUCCUUUCAAAUAAAAAGGAGAAACACCAGCAGGAUGCAAAGAUAAAAGUUCGGAUGACCUCAGAAAGGUGGCUUG